AGUACCCUUGCCUGGCAUGCAUUCUAUUCCCAGCUCUGGAGGGGUGAGGGGAGGAUCCAAACCGCUAAAAAACUGUUCAUUCAGUCUGCUUCACUGCUGUGAAUAGACAAGGAAUGGCUAUUCAGCACUUUCAGAGGGUGGCCUGUGGACACGGGAAAUAUCUGUCCACCACGAGCUGACAAAGGAUUCAAAUCUGUUAGCCCAGCAGCAAAAAACGAGAGAGAGCAAGCAGAAAGCAGGCAAGAGGUAUGGACUGACAUCUCACCAAGAGAAAGCUCUGGAAAAACCAUACAUGGUGGCCCUAUGAUCCCAGCACGGGAGAGGUGGAAGCAGGAUGAUCAGAAGUUCAAGGUCAUUUUCAGACAACUGAAAGAAUUGAGGGAAGUCCAAAGAAAUGAUGGAAAAAGGGAAAGAGAUGGAGGCUUCAGGAUCUUCUUCCCAGUCUGAAGAGGCCAGUGGAAUCCACAGAGAAACAGAAAAUCUAAACUACCAAGAGACAGAGUUCCACAAGCAAGAUGGGAAGGCCCGAGAACGAUGUGAGAGAGACAAGUCUUCCUCCUCAUCCUCCUCAUCCUCCUCAUCCUCCUCUUCCUCUUCCUCAUCAUCUUCCUCCUCCUCCUCAGACAGCAGCGAUGAGGACCAACACCCCAGAGGCCCCAGGGAACACCGAAGGAAGCCCCACAGGGACAGCUCUCCCGGUGCUGACCACGGGGAACUGGAGGUGCUGAGAGAUGACCUUCAGCUCUAUGGAGGUGAUUCUGGGGAAAUGGUGCUUGCUGGGGAGUCAGGACUCCGAAGAAGAGGUUCCGGCUCAACAGGGGGAGAAAUGGAGGCAUCUCAGUUAAGAAGGUUGAACAUAAAGAAGGAUGAUGAGUUUUUCCAUUUCGUCCUCCUCUGCUUCGCCAUUGGAGCCUUGCUGGUGUGUUACCACUACUACGCAGACUGGUUCAUGUCCCUUGGGGUUGGCCUGCUCACCUUUGCCUCCCUGGAGACCAUUGGCAUCUACUUCGGGCUGGUGUACCGGAUCCACAGUGUACUUCAGGGUUUCAUCCCCCUCCUUCAGAAGUUCAGGCUGCCAGGGUUCAGGAGAACUGACUGAGAACACUGCCUGAUGGCAUCUGAGCCAGUCCCCAAUGUGACCACUGUAACCACUGCCAUACCUGAGUCCAGAAGACAGACGACAUGCUGGAAGACACCAGGAGGCCCUGCCUGGGCAAUAAAGAGCUCUUUCCUUCCAUGCGGUCUCAGUGUUGGCACCAGUGGGCAGGCUCUCCCUCUGCAGAUUAACGCAUAGUCUCUAUGGGGAAGAGAGAAGGGAUGGUAUAUAAGUCAGCAGAAAGGUCCUGGGACACCAUUGCUCUUAGGGGCAACAUGAGUCCUGGGCACUGAGGGCUGGCAUCUGUGGGCUCCGGUCUCUCUUGUGUCCUCAGGCCAUGCCCAGGAGCUCAUAGUUCCUGCAGAGCCAUCCUGGGACAAAUGGUCUACUGCAGGGUGCUACCAGGCUGGGUCCCUAGGGGAACCUGUUGCAGGUAAGAUGCCUGGGACUAAAGCUGUGCUCCCAUCACCCAGUGACCACCCUGUUGCCCUUGGAUGUCUUCAAAAUCCAAAUAAAUAUUCUGUUCUCUA